CGACCGGAUUAACAAGACACCAUCAAAAUGAGGGAAAUCGUACACAUGCAAGCUGGCCAAUGUGGCAACCAGAUCGGAGCUAAGUUCUGGGAGGUUAUUUCUGAUGAACACGGAAUUGACCCCACCGGCACAUACCACGGAGAUUCUGACCUUCAGUUAGAGAGGAUCAACGUGUACUACAAUGAAGCCACAGGAGGCAAAUAUGUUCCCCGAGCUGUCUUGGUUGAUCUGGAGCCCGGAACCAUGGACUCUGUCAGAUCUGGUCCUUUUGGACAAAUCUUCAGACCAGACAACUUUGUGUUCGGACAGAGUGGUGCUGGAAACAACUGGGCUAAGGGACAUUACACAGAAGGUGCUGAACUUGUAGACUCUGUUCUUGAUGUUGUUCGUAAAGAAUCAGAGAGCUGUGAUUGUCUUCAGGGAUUCCAGCUUACACAUUCUCUUGGUGGCGGUACCGGCUCUGGAAUGGGAACACUCCUCAUCUCCAAAAUCCGUGAAGAAUACCCCGACAGGAUCAUGAACACCUUCUCAGUUGUACCAUCUCCUAAGGUAUCGGACACCGUGGUCGAACCAUACAACGCCACCCUCUCCGUCCACCAACUUGUUGAGAACACUGACGAGACUUUCUGUAUCGACAACGAGGCUCUCUACGACAUCUGCUUCCGUACCCUCAAACUGACCACACCCACAUACGGUGACUUGAACCAUCUCGUCUCCGCCACCAUGUCCGGAGUUACUACCUGUCUCCGAUUCCCUGGUCAACUGAACGCUGAUCUCCGUAAAUUGGCUGUCAAUAUGGUUCCCUUCCCCCGUCUCCAUUUCUUCAUGCCUGGUUUCGCUCCUCUUACAUCUCGUGGUAGCCAGCAGUACAGGGCUCUUACCGUCCCAGAGCUGACCCAACAGAUGUUCGAUGCUAAGAACAUGAUGGCUGCCUGUGAUCCUCGUCAUGGACGUUACCUAACCGUCGCCGCUAUGUUCCGUGGACGUAUGUCCAUGAAGGAAGUCGAUGAGCAGCUCUUGAACGUCCAGAACAAGAACAGCAGCUACUUCGUUGAAUGGAUUCCAAACAACGUGAAGACCGCUGUCUGUGACAUCCCACCACGUGGUCUCAAGAUGUCUGCUACCUUCAUUGGUAACAGCACCGCCAUCCAGGAGCUCUUCAAGCGUAUCUCCGAGCAGUUCACCGCUAUGUUCCGUCGUAAGGCUUUCUUGCAUUGGUACACUGGUGAGGGUAUGGACGAGAUGGAGUUCACCGAGGCCGAAUCCAACAUGAACGACUUGGUGUCCGAGUACCAACAGUACCAGGAUGCUACCGCCGAGGAGGAGGGAGAGUUCGAUGAAGAUGAGGAAGCCGAAGAAGCUUAAUUAUUAUUUAGUAACCAUCAUCUCCAAAGAACCAUCCUAUUUCGAUAAAUUAUUCAUGACACAGAAUUAACAUUUACUUAUUUGGAAAGGAAAUAUCGGACUGCCGAACCAUGACAGUGAUAUGCUAAAAAAGCUAUUAAAACAAACGAUGCUUUGCCAAAGAUGAGAAAAUUGAAAUAAGGCUGAAAAGUAAUUCUUCGAUACUGUUGUAUUUAACAACAAAAACAAAUAUUACGUUUGCUAAAAGAAGAAAAUGGGAAUACCACUCAGGGUUGAGAAAGGAGAGACUAAAAUAAUAAUGUACUUUACCAGAAUUAAAAAUCCAAAGAGAA